AUGGAAGUUGUUCCUCUCUCCAUUCAACAUUCCGAAUCUCAGUAUGGUUCCAUUGAAUGUUCCUGCAUUGAUAAUCCCAAUCACUUGUUGUUUUUUGCAACAUCGGAGGGAUACCUUUCAUGUUAUUACAUCAAUAGAAACCAAGAAAAUUCAUCAUCAUCCAAGAGCUUUUCGGAAGACCACAACAUCAAUGCUCCUUCCUAUGACUCUGAAGAGCAGCCAUCCAUUACGGUUCAUCAUGUCUGUACCGUAAAGCCUGUCGCGUGUGCUUUGAGCUCUCUCAGUAAUACCUCUAAACGACAUACCACAAUGUCUACAGGUCAGAAUGUAGCUGUUGGUCAAGCGCUGUGGGGUAAAGUUCCGAUCAAACAAAUUGUGUGUGAUGAUCAAGUUCAAGUGUUAUUUAUUCAAGUACAAAAUGCGAUUGAGUUUUUCAGAUAUGAAUUUAUUGAAGAGAGAAAACAAUUAUUGCUUACACAUAUCAAGAGAAUUCAAGAAUCGGUUGGACUUACAUGUUUUACUAUUGAUGAAUGCAAGAGAAAUCAUCGACUGUUAGUAUGCACCAAGAAAAAGUUACAAAUUCUUCACUACACUGAACAGGAUUGUCUUUCGGUGGGACUCGUUUCUGAGGAAUUUGUUUUACCUGAGGCAAUUCAAGAUCAUCAUUGCUUGGCUUGGUUUGACAAGACUUUAAUUGUUGGAUUUAAAAAAGAAUAUUCAUUAAUUAAUAUGGACACUGGAACAAUGGAUUCAAAACAAUCCAUGAUUCCUUCGACUGUAUUAGAAUUAGGUGACUCAAAAUCUGGAGACAAUCGCCCAUUGUGUGUCUUGAUUUAUGAUGAGGUUUUAUUAAGAACCGACAGUAUCAGCGUAUUUGUAAAUAUGAACACUCGUUCUUCGAGUGAGCAACGAGGAACACCCUCGACACGACCUCCAAUUACUUGGUCUUCGUCACCCCAACAAAUUGCAUUCUCCUUUCCAUAUGCAGUUGGUAUUCUAGAUCAAGGGAAAAAGAUUGAAGUUUAUAGUAUUUAUGAUUCACGUCUAGUGAAAACCCUGUACAUUCAACCCUCCACCAAUUCUGUAGUAUACACCUCAGAGAAUGGCUCUCAAGAAUCAAAUCAGUUGAAUAAUAUUUCCUCAUGGAGUUUAGUUCAAGGCUCAGUCAACAUUGGAGUAUUUGUCUGUUGCGAUAGUUUCGUACCUGCCUCAACCACAAAUACAUCAAGUUCCACUCUCGGUUUCAAGAAAGAGAGCAAAAAAGAAAAAAUUCAAACCGUUGUACUUUUGUCACCCAUCUCGUAUGAAAAGCAAAUUUCUUCACUGUUUGAAAUGGCACACUGUAGCGAAGCUUUUGAAUUGUUUGAAAGAAUGUUGGAGUUUAAGAGAGAAAAAGGAGAGCAUAUCGACUCUGCCAUCGAGAAAAGAUGGAGACAACAACUGUUGUUGGAAGCGGCCUUUGCUUCAUUAUUCCAUUUGGAUGUCGAAAAAGCAUUUACAUAUUUUAGAGAACAUGAACAAGCUCUAGAAUAUCGUCUUGGAUAUGAUAUGAGAGAGUUAAUAAUUUUGUUUACAGAUUACAGACCCCUGAUUCUAAACGAUGACAAUUUCUCACCUAAAAUAAGUUGGACUCAAAAAUAUUUAAAUUUUGAAAAAAAGAAGCCAAAGAGUCUUUAUGAUAUUUUCGUGGAGAAAAUUGCCAAACGACGAGAUUUACAGGCAAAUGCAGAAGUUGAAAAAGAGGCUGAUCAACUCAUCGUAAGGUGUAAAAAGUAUUUACGACCAUUAUUAGAAUAUAGAAGAAAGAAAAUUAGUUCUAUCGAAAGGAAUAUGAAAGACGAGUCACUCUUUUUUGAAGAGGCAUUCAUCUCAACGUCUGCUAAGAGUUCCAUUGACAAUUUAUUGUUCAAAAUGUACUUAGACUCUGGAGAUCUCUCAAGACUCAAUAGAAUGCUAAAAGAAACUAAGGCAGUUCUAAAGCCAGAUCCUGACUCUGAAAUUACAUUCACGGCACAACAACUGUACACUAAAUGCUAUUGUAAACUUGAUGUAUGCAUGAAGAUAUUGAAGGCUGAGGUUGAAAUUCUUUCUCCAGAAGCACAAGAGUACUAUAUGGCCCUCCUUUAUCAAACCUAUCUGAACUACAAUCUCGAAAAUGUUAACAAAUCAUUGGUACUGUUAAAGAAUAUUGCUAUGAACAGCGAUGACAACAAGUCUGACAUGGGAGAAUAUGCUUUCGAUGAAACCGUAUGUAUAUUACACAAGAUCUUUGAUAGGCCAAUGCCAUCCACGGACGAGGACCGUUUGAUAGACAAGAAAAAGGAAUUGUUUUGGUCUAAUAUUGAAUGGUGUCUCAAGCUAGACCAUUUCAAAAGUAUAUCAGUAUUGACCCAUAAUGUCUCAUAUUUGGGCGUCGAUGUUAUUUUGAAGUUUGUGAGACAACAUUUGGAUGAAGAAACUCAAAACGAAGUGAUUCAACUUCUGCUUGAAUAUGUUAUUCACGACUACAAUAAGAAUUCAAAAUUACAAGAUCAUGAGAAAUUUCCAAUUCAGACCCAAUACUACACAUUGUUGGCAUUGAAAUAUAUUGAUGUCAUUAAUUCCUAUGAAAUUAGACAAGACCAAGAAGCCAUUUGGGACUUGAGAACAAAACUCAUGCUUCAUAUUCAAGACUGCAAAGAUUUUAUAACUCUCGAAACGGUUUUGGCUCGUUUACAGGGAACAAAUUUAUAUCAAGAGAUGAUUUUACUCUACUCUCUUUCAAGAGAACAUGAAAAAGCUUUGCGAAUAUUAUUGUUUGAUUUGUGUUCGAUGGAAGGAGCCGAAAAUUAUUGUAAGGAACAACAAACCAUUUAUGAACUUGAAUUUUACCAAAAUCUCAUGCAACAAUAUCAGGAUGGAGCUCUGAGCAGUGUGGAAAUUUCAACAGAAAUGUAUGACAGACAUUAUACAAAAGUGACACUUCACAAUGAGCUCUUUUUGAUUCUACUCAAGCUUUGCUUUCAAGAUGCAGCAUCAAUCAAGCAAACGAAAGCACGUGGGCACAUUGAUUUUGGAAUUUAUAUUCUCAAUAAGUAUGCCAAACAUAUAGAUCCAAUCGCAGCACUUCGAAUGCUGCCAAACAAUUUAUGCACUAAGAAAAUUCUUCCCUUUUUAACUGCUACACUUCAACAAAAUGCAACCAAUCUGAGAACGGCAAGUCUGAUGAAGAGCAUGAGUAAGAUGGAUCACAUUCAAACACAAGGCCAACUUGUUGAAUAUCAACGAAGAAAACGAGUGGUAUUUAGAAAAUCAAAAUGUAGUUUUUGUAACAAGUUUAUUGGAGAAAAUGCAUGUGUGGUGAUUUAUCCAGACCUUUGCAAUAUUUAUCAUUACAAUUGUUUCAAUAGAAAUUUUCAUGUCGACCGAAUGUCCAAGAGAAAUUUCCUAAAGAGUCCAUUCAUUCUCUCUCAUUCUUUCGAUAAGGAUUCAACUCACCAGUAA